UUUUGUGUUAUUUUUAAACCGGUUGAGUGCAUACGUGUGAUAACAUCUCUGUCGCAUAGUACAUACGUGAUAAUAGAAUUUUUGUUACGCAACAUACAAUUCUUAGGACACAGUGAUAACAGUUAUCGCAAAGCAAUCGUCGGCGCAAGUACGUCCUGUUACUGUACUAAAUACUGUACUGUACUGUUAAUUCAAUUUAACCUCUCGCGAUAACGUGACAUCGAUAUAAUUUUAAUGAAUACAAUUUCCCACAGUAUUAACAGUGAAGGCGCUCGCAAAUCCUUUUGGGUAGAAAAUCCUAUUUUACAUUAAUUAUCAUCAAUUAUCAAAAUAUACCCUUUAAUAGAAUUUAAAUAUAGGAUUUGUCCUACAAUUUAUCCUCGCGUGUGUGUACAAAUUGUGAUCAGAUAGAAAUUUGAACACGAUGAACCUACCGAACCUACCGCGAGUAUUGAUAACUAGCAAUGAUACGCCGGCUCCCGGCAUCGAUUUGCUCCGAACCAAAUGCGACGUUACUAUUAUACCAGCCGCUGUAAGCACGCGGGAACAAGUGUUGCAAGCUCUCCCAGGACACGACGCUGUGUUUCUCAGCAAUCAUCAGUAUGUGAACAGCGAAUUCCUUGAUAUCGCCGGUUCAAAGUUGAAAGUUGUAUCAACGAUGUCGGCUGGAUACGAUCACUUGGAUGUUCCCGAAAUUAAGAAGAGAGGAAUUAAGGUGGGACACACGCCUAAUGUAUUAUCUGCCGCAGUUGCGGAAAUUGCCGUGCUCUUAAUCUUAUCCGCGAUGAGACGCGCUCACGAAGGUCGUCUGAAACUGGAACAAGGUCAGAUGGAAUUUAGACCACAAUGGCUAUUGGGACAGGAUGUACAGAGAUCUACUGUCGGGUUAUUUGGUCUUGGAAAUAUUGGUCAAGCAAUCGUUAAGCGAUUAAUGGGAUUCGAGGUGGGGCGUUUUAUCUAUACAGGACACUCGCGUAAGAAAGCAGGUGAUGAACUUGGAGCAACAUUCGUAUCUCUGGACGAGCUUCUGGAGCAAAGUGACAUCCUCGUAAUUGCUGCCCCAUUGAACAAUGAAACCAGAGGACUCUUUAAUGAUAAUAUUUUCGAUAAAAUGAAAGACACGGCCAUCUUAGUGAACAUAGCUCGCGGCCAGAUCGUAAACACCGAUUCGCUUGUGAGAGCUCUUCGUAAUAAGAAAAUAUUCGCUGCUGGGUUAGAUGUUACCGAUCCAGAACCGUUACCAACGGACCACGAACUUCUAAAGCUGCCUAAUGUCGAAAUCUUGCCACAUUUGGGUACUGCGACGCUCAAAACUCGCAAUAAUAUGUCAAUAACUGCAGCUCAGAACAUUUUAAAUGGUCUCGAAGGCAAAUCUUUGGUGUAUCCUUUAUAAUAAUUUUUCUUACAUUCAGCCUUAUAUGAUUUACAGAUUACUUUUACAUUAUCUGUGCAUAAUAAAUAUCAUUAGAAAAACUGGUA